AUGGCUUCAUCGGAUGACGUUUUCAAAGAACUUUUUGCUAGUAUAUAUGAGCCCUUCUCUGGACUAAAUGAGAUGGAUUAUGAGCUCCAUGGUAUUUAUAUGGAUCAUGAACCAAGGCAUGAGUUCGUGACUGCGCUUGAUAAAUGUAGGGACAUCUUUCUCAAUGUUCUACUUAGUGAUGAAAACUUAAGGAAUUCAAGCAUGGCUGAUGAAAUCAGAGCACAAGUUUAUCAUGCUAAUGAAUGGCAAAGUGAUGAAGAAGGUGAACAAGAGGCGGUGAAGAAUAAGUACAUAAUUCAUGAUCCAAACACACCAUGGGAUAAGAUGGAACCUAAGGUAGGUGAUAUGUUUGAGUCUCCUGCACAACUUAAGUUUUGUAUUCAAAAUUAUGGGGUGUCAAAUGGAUAUCAAAUAUACUUUGAAAAAAUGUGA